CGGGAGUGCCAUGCCACCUGCCAGGGCUCCGGGAGCCCCUCCACGGAGCCCACCCCAGAGGCUGAUACAGGAUGUCAGGGGGCCCCUGAGGGAGCUGCGCCCUCGGCUCUGCCACCUGCGAAAGGGACCUCAGGGCUAUGGGUUCAACCUGCAUAGCGACAAGUCCCGGCCCGGCCAGUACAUCCGCUCCGUGGACCCGGGCUCACCUGCCGCCCGCUCUGGCCUCCGCGCCCAGGACCGGCUCAUUGAGGUGAACGGGCAGAAUGUGGAGGGACUGCGCCACGCUGAGGUGGUGGCCAGCAUCAAGGCACGGGAGGACGAGGCCCGGCUGCUGGUGGUGGACCCUGAGACAGAUGAGCACUUCAAGCGGCUUCGGGUCACACCCACCGAGGAGCACGUGGAAGGUCCUCUGCCGUCACCCGUCACCAAUGGAACCAGCCCUGCCCAGCUCAAUGGUGGCUCUGCGUGCUCGUCCCGAAGUGACCUGCCUGGUUCCGACAAGGACACUGAGGAUGGCAGUGCCUGGAAGCGAGAUCCCUUCCAGGAGAGCGGCCUCCACCUGAGCCCCACGGCGGCCGAGGCCAAGGAGAAGGCUCGGGCCACACGAGUCAACAAGCGCGCACCGCAGAUGGACUGGAACAGGAAGCGCGAGAUCUUCAGCAACUUCUGAGCCCCUCCUGCCUGUCUUGGGGCCCUGGGACCCCUCCCGCACGGAUCUUGGGCCUCAGCCUGCCUCGAGCUCCCCCAGCCUCAGUGGACUGGAGGGUGGUCCUGCCAUUGCCCAGAAAUCAGCCCCAGCCCCCGUGAGCCCCCAUCCUGCCCCUGCCCGCCAGGUACUGGGGGCCUGUGGCAGCAAGAUGGGGGGAGAGAGACCCAGAGAUGUGAGAGAGAGAGGCAGACACAGAGAGAGAGAGAGAGAGA